AUGAAUGAAAGGAAUCUCUUACAACUUCGACUAUCACAUUUUAUCUUGUAUGAUGUCUCAGACACUCAUAUACCAGAAGAAUGGAUUUUAGGCAGUUGGGUACAGCAGUGGAUGACGAUGUCCAAGCAAGUAUCAGAGUCUUACAAGGUCCUUCAUGAAAUCAAGACAAAUAUAGUACGUAGAAACAUCUUCCGAAGGUCUACUAGCGGACCUUGCUCUGUGAGAAAUCACACCGUAGGAGUGACCGCGCCUCUCGUCAGUGACACACAAGUUGAGCAAAGAUAUAAGCUUCAGAAGCACACAUUUGAGAGCCAAUGGUGGCACAAGUAAGGUAAGAUAUCACUAGCGAAAUAUGAUGUGUUGCAAUCGCAGUCCUUUCAGCGAGCUGCCUUUACGUUGUGGGCGCGAACACUGCAUUGCACGGUCAUAACCUUUAACGCUCAUGGACUUGAUAUUUUCCGAUAUAUCUAGAUCUUCCAAUAAGCGUCACUAGAUGAAUAUUUUUCCCUUCAUUCUUAAUUAACAGGAUUAAUGUCAGUCAUUUCCUCAUAAUACUCCAGCAAUCCUUUUGCUAUAUCACGCGGAUGGCUCGGAGAGGAGCAGAAGAGUGUGGGAUCGGUGGGGUGGGGUGCACAGAAUGAGCUCGACCUGACGCAUCAGGGGUUGUUCAAGAGACUUACUACUUCAAAUCAGCACUCGGGAAAGGAAAGAAACGCACUUAAUGGGUUCUUCCUUCAGCAUAUACAGAGCAUGAAUACGCCGUAGAGAGUGCUUGCAGUCUGUCCCGCACAGCUCUCAUGUGGUGUAUCGCGAGAGGUAACACCAAGGAACGAAUGCUCUCACCAUCUGAUUCAUGCUCCAGCUACACGGAUAUAAUCAGCUUGUCACACAUCAAAACUAAGUUGUCUCGCGUCAGCAUGUCGUUAUGCUGCAUCGAUACAUCGGCUAUGUUAGAGGAUGGUAGCUUCACUUUCGAGAGCUUAAAUCUUACCACAUAGCGGUAUGCAUGGCAUCUUGACCGCGAUUUCGCUUCGCCCGUGUGCUCCCGCUGCUGUGGUGCAGCUUUUUUCACUUGACAUUUGAUAAUAGAGGAUUCAGUAAUACUUACUUUUCACGCAGUAUUGGUUCUAAGGUUUUUGGAGGCACAUUGUUUUCUUAUGUGGAGAGUAGGCGGUGCUACGCUCGUAAAUCUAUGGAGAAAGAUGACGGCUGCGACAAAGCUGAUUCUUUCUCAGUGACUAUCACUUGGAUCUUUAUAUGCCCUCCAGACCUUAUUGUCAUUAUGGCGGCUUGCAUAAUUGCUAAGAGUUACAAGCUCAUCUUAAAAAGAAAGUAUCUCCUAUAUAUUUGUAUAUGUAUCUGAACAAUAGAUCCUUAUUGUGCGUAUCAUAUUAAAAUUUGAGAUUGAAAAAAUGAAGUGCUUGCCCUAGUUAGUUUCAUUUAAUUAGCUUUUGCUAACCAUUGUGUCAGUCAAAUCGUAACUCUGGCGAUUUCGGAUCUAUUUAUUUUUCACCCUUUAUUCUGUAUAUUGUGGUUUUUUUCGUUUUUGAAUUCUUUAAGACAAAAUCUGACGUCAAAAA